GAUCCCGCUCUCUGGCUGGAGACCCAGAUGGCCUCAAAUGAGAGAGAUGCUAUAUCAUGGUAUCAGAAGAAGAUUGGAGCAUAUGAUCAACAGAUAUGGGAAAAGUCAAUCGAACAGACUCAGAUUAAGGGCUUCAAAAAUAAACCAAAAAAGAUGGGUCACAUAAAACCAGACUUGAUUGAUGUGGACUUAAUCAGAGGCUCCACGUUUGCCAAGGCCCGGCCGGAGGCGCCCUGGCCGUCGCUGACACGGAAGGGCCUGGUGCGGGUGGCUCUCUUCCCACUCUUCAGCAGCUGGUGGAUUCAGGUCACCUCUCUGAGGAUCUUCGUGUGGCUGCUCCUGCUUUACCUCAUGCAAGUCAUGGCAGUGGUGUUGUACCUCAUGAUGCCCAUUGUGAAUGUGAGCGAGGUGCUGGGGCCCUUGUGCCUCAUGCUGCUCAUGGGGACCGUGCACUGCCAGAUCGUGUCCUCCCAGGUCACACGGCCUCCAGGGAACAACGGCAACCGCAGGCGGAGAAAAUUACGGAAAACUAUAAAUGGUGAUGGGAGCCGAGAACACAGCGGCACAGCCUCUGACAAGAUGAAGGGGGCUGAGGCGCUGGCCCCGGCGCCCCGCAGGGCCGCCAGCUUCUGGGGGACACUCUUUGGGAACAGGAUAAAAAAGGUCAGGUUACUAUCUAAUAAAGGGACAGAAACGGACAACGACUCCAGUUGUCUCCGCCCGGCUGUGAAGAAGCAGCUCUGUCGGCCGGAGGGCAGGACAUGGCCGCAGAGGGACAGAGCGAAAAUGUCCGAUGGGGAGAAGAGCCGAAGGGACCUGGCCAGGCGGUGUCUGGACAGCAGGGUGUCAGACGACCCGUCCAGUGACGAGGACGGCGAGGCACACACCCAGAUGAUCCUGCUGCGCCGGAGCGUGGAGGGUGCCUCCAGCGACAACGGCUGUGCUGUGAAGAACAGAAAGUCUGCGCUCGCCGGCCACCUCCACCCUCAGGCAAAGAAGACCGCUAUGCGGUGGUGUCACCUAGUGCGGGACUCAGACAGCCUGGCUGAGUCAGAGUGUGAACCCCCUCCCUUCAGCCAGGGUACCCGGCCUGGCGUGGCUGGUGGCUCCCGGCGCCUCCGCUUGUCCGGAAGGGACUCGGAGAGCGCGCGCCAGGACUCGGAGACGGAGGACAUGCUGUGGGAUGACCUGCUGCACGGCCCCGAGUGCCGCUCGUCGGCCACCAGCGACAGCGAGGCCGCGCAGCCGGGCGCCCUGCGCCCCGGGGCCAAGCGUCCCCCCCAGGAGGACGCGUUCCAGCAGAACCACCUGUUUUGGCUUCAGAACUCAAGCCCCGCCUCUGACCGGGUCAGUGCCAUCAUCUGGGAAGGCAGUGAGUGCAAGAAGAUGGACAUGUCUGUGCUGGAGAUCAGUGGCGUCAUCAUGAGCAGGGUGAAUGCGUGCCAGCAAGGUGGGGGCUACCAGAUGCUGGGGAACGCCGUCACCGCGGGGCUGACCCUGUUCCCGUUUCUAUACCGCCUUUUCCACGAGAAGAGCCUGGAGCAGAUCAGGUCCAUCUCGGCUGAGGAGGUCCUGGCGCUCUUCUGCGGGGCACCGCCCGUCAUGCCUGUUAUCAUUCUGUCUUUUAUUAAUUUUUUUGAAAGACUGUGUCUUACUUGGAUGUUUUUCUUCAUGAUGUGUGUGGCGGAGAGAACGUACAAGCAGAGAUUUUUAUUUGCAAAACUCUUCAGCCAUAUUACUUCAGCCAGGAAAGCUAGAAAAUAUGAAAUACCUCAUUUCAGACUUAAAAAGGUGGAGAAUAUCAAGAUCUGGCUAUCGCUGCGUUCCUUCCUGAAGAGGCGAGGCCCGCAGCGCUCUGUGGAUGUUGUGGUGUCUUCCGUCUUCCUGCUGACACUCUCUAUCGCCUUCAUCUGCUGUGCCCAGGUCCUCCAAGGGCAUAAAACCUUCCUGAACGACGCUUACAACUGGGAGUUGCUGGUCUGGGAAACAGCCCUGCUGCUGUUCUUGCUGCGCUUGGCCUCACUGGGGUCUGAAACCAACAAGAAAUACAGCAACGUCUCCAUACUGCUCACGGAGCAGAUUAAUUUAUAUCUUAAGAUGGAAAAAAAGCCAAAUAAAAAAGACCAGCUCACUCUUGUAAACAAUGUACUAAAGCUGUCCACCAAGUUGCUAAAAGAGCUGGACACCCCAUUUAGACUCUACGGGCUGACCAUGAACCCCCUGAUCUACAACAUCACGAGAGUAGUUAUCCUCUCUGCCGUCUCAGGAGUCAUAAGCGAUCUUCUGGGGUUUAAUAUAAGACUGUGGAAAAUUAAGUCCUGAGUCCUGUCCCCGGACCCCCUGCAUGGGCGUCCGUUAGCCCACUGAGAGACGGCUGCUCUUGGCCCUGUCACCUGUGCACCUCUUCACCUUUAGCCAUGUGCGGUCAGCAGACGACAGAUGCAGUCAGUAACAACGUGUUCCAGGCUAAGACAGUCAUUCCAGGCACUUGAGAACUGAGUUGUACUUACUGGAAAGCCUUUUGGGUAGCUAUGGUUGAUGCCUAAAGUUCGAAGCAAGUAUCGUAUUGGAAAGAUGUACACUCAGUACUUUUUUAUGAUAGUCUAUGGAAUCGGGCAUUUCUCUAUUAAAGGGAGAUCAAGCUAUUUUAGGUUGAAUCCAAAUAAAAGAAAACUACUGGAUAA